UUAUUGCACUUUCAAAUGAUGUUUUGAAACCCUAUAAAUUGUUUAUCCAUUAAAACCUAAUUAUUUGAAAGCUGCAAUUAGUCUAUGUGCCAAAUGCCCUGUGCCAAACACUGUUCUUAGCUGUGCGCAUGAUGUGCCGAACGCGCGGUGUUACGUACUUUCUCAGAGCGUGCACACCGGGCCCGGGACAGAGCGCGGGCCCGGAGCAGCACCAGAACAGCACCAGAGCGGUCUCCCAUCUGUCAUAUGUCCUCAUGGACGGCUUCAUGAACACGCCUGUGUCCGUCCUGCUCCCUGAGCUCCGGUCAGCGCCGCGGGGGGGCUAUGAAUCACUUACGUCAACUUGUGUCCCGCGCCACAGCUCUUUUGAGUUGUAAAUGCACGCGCACAUGGGGUGGAGCGCUGCCAUUGGUCCAGAGCCCCGGCCUGAAUGACAAUAAGGCCCGGGCGCGCGCACACAACAAGUGCUCUGGAGUGAGGAGAGUUUAGUCAAACCGCUGGACUCACGAGAGGAGCAUGCGCCUGGCCCGGACACUCUCUUUUCUCUACCAAACUCACCACAAACUUACCGAAAAUAACCGCACCAGUGUAAGGCCCGCGUGCACGCACAUGUGAACCUGUGACAGACUCUGAUUAGAUAAUCGGGCACAGCCGCGCGCCGCAGCCGCUCUCCCCCGCAGGACCCCCGCAGGACCAUGUAUAGUCUACUGGAGCACGAGAGCCAGAGUCAGGGCCUGUCCCCGCUCACCGCCAGCGGCCCCACGCACCCCAGCUCCAAGAGCGCGUGCACUCCGGAGAGCGAUCCAAUGGAUAAGGUGAAGAGGCCGAUGAACGCCUUCAUGGUGUGGUCCCGGGGCCAGCGGCGGAAGAUGGCCCAGGAGAACCCCAAGAUGCACAACUCUGAGAUCAGUAAGCGCCUGGGGGCCGAGUGGAAGCUGCUGAGUGACACGGAGAAGAGGCCCUUCAUAGACGAGGCCAAGAGGCUCCGCGCGGUGCACAUGAAGGAGUACCCCGACUACAAGUACAAGCCCCGCAGGAAGAGCAAGCCGCUGCUCAAGAAGGACACUCCCGUGGGCAAGUUCCCUCUGGCCCCUGGGGGCCUGUUGGCUGCUCAGGGCCAGAGCACAAGCCCGCGCAUGGACAGCUACGGCUGGGCCCCAGCUGGAGGAUACGGGGGUAUGCAGGCCGACUCCAUGGGCUACACUCAGCAGCUGCACCGCUACGACCUGUCUGCCCUCCAGUACCCCACCAUGAGCCCCACCAUGAGCCCGGCACAGAGCUACAUGAACGGAGCCAACUCCUACAGCCCGCUGUCCUACAGCCCCCAGCCCCCUCCUGCCCCCAUGACCAUGUCCAUGGUGAAGCCCGAGGCCGCCUCCCCUCCCCCCUCCCACCAUCGGGGGGCGCUGCAGGGGGACCUGCGGGACAUGAUCAGCAUGUACAUCCCGGGCGGCGCGGGGGACAGCCCCGACGCUCCUGGGGCGGCGGCGGCCGUGCACCAUCGUGGGAGCUACGGCGGGGUCCAGCCGCAUUACCUGACCCCGGGCAGCAUGCCGCUCACACACAUCUGAGGAGGCCACGCCCACUGCCAGACAGGCCACACCCCUCAUGUCCUGACCCCGCCCACUGGUUUCCGGGACUCUGCCUGUGUGGACGGCGAAUUGCAGGAGUGGUCAGGUGGGCUACACGUCAGGGGGACUAGUUUUCUAUAGGCUUGGUACAUAAUCCGAGCGUUCUGUUAAGUGCCCCAUUGCUGUCUGACCACACCUACUGCAGGAUGGCCACGCCCACUUUUUCUGGACUGUAUUUGUCGCCCUGACUCUCGCUGUAGUGCUCAGGUGUCUCCUGCCACGUGUACACCUGACACCUCAAGUGUUACACUGGCCUCGCCCACACUUCCAACUUGAAUCUGUGUUGUAUGUUUGUUUUUCACUUGUACAUAGGCCUGACUCCUCAUCCAAGUGUUCACAUGUGAUGGGAGUGCAACACUUUUUCUUUUUACUGACCAUGUGCAUUGUACAUUGACCAUGCCACUUACAAACUGACCACGCCCUCUCCUGACUUUUAGGACUGACGUUGUAUGGACUUGUAUGCUUGUCAGACGGGCGUUUUCUACAGGUUUUAAAGAUCGUGUGGACAGAACUGAGCAGGAAGAGACAUGGAUUUCCUUCCUACCUCCUGGUUCAUACUUCCUGGUUCCUAGACAGCAUGAACAGUGUCCUGUAUGUUUUUUUUUGUGUCCUUUUGGAAGACUGUGUCAAACUUCUGUUGGACAAUCAGCACUGGACCCACCACCAUGUUUUUUUUUCCAUGUUUUGUUUGUAGAAAUGUCUCAACUUUCUGUGAUGACGCUCUUAAUAAGAGUGAGUUUGACCUAAAUGUAUAUUUUAAUAAAAUUAAGUGUUUUUAAUAGUCA